AUGGCGAGAGGUAACCCUAAUCUUAAAGUCUUCUGCUCUUCAUUUUCUGUUCCUAACCUGAUUACUGAUGCUAGUAACAAGAUCAUUCUGGAUGGUACUAAUUACCCUGAUUGGAGGGAAGAUAUUGCCUUGCAGUUUGGUUGCUAUAACAUGGACUUUGUCUUGGAGACUGAAAGGCCUCCCAAACCAGCUGAUGACUCGGCUGAUAAGGAUUACUAUGAACAUUGGGAGAAAACCAACCGCCUUGCUCUCCUGAUCAUUAAAACAAGGAUUGCAAGGGGUAUUUGGGGAGCAAUCCCUAAAUGCGAAACUAGUAAAGAAUACGUGGAAGCUGUCGAUAAACAGUUUAAACUGACAGAUAAGUAG